GAAAGUCACAUUGACGUGUUUGUUUGUAAACAAACGUUUGGAACCAAAAGCCGCAUCAAAAAACCAUCGAUUUUUCUACAGAAAAGAUUAAAGUAGUGUGUAGAGUGGUUCAAAUAAGUUUAAUUUAACGACAAAUAGGUGAAUUGGAUGAAAACAGUGUUUUAGGCAUUUUAAAGAAAAUACAAUGAACACAGUAGCAAGAAAUUCGAUACUAGUCCGAUUGGGUCGAAGGAUAUUACCACACAGGACGUGCGUGCGCACCGCAUCAUCGAGCAGUUUGCAGAAGCGGGAACAGCUCAAGGAAGGCCCUUCGUUGCAAGAUUUCCUGCGUGGAACAACGGAAGCGGAAACCUCCACCGUCUACAUUGCGGACCGGGGCAAACCCAUCCCCUACAUCGCCCCCGAAACGCUCCGGGGGCAGAAACGGAAGGUUUUCCUCGAAGUGUACGGCUGCCAGAUGAACACCAAUGAUACGGAAAUCGUUUGGUCGAUACUGAAAGCGCACCAGUACCACCGAACGGUGAAUCUGAAGGAAGCCGACAUCGUGCUCAUGAUGACGUGCGCCAUCCGGGAAGGCGCGGAAGAUACGGUCUGGAAUCGGUUGAAACAUUUGCGCCUGCUGAAGCGCAAGCGUGAGACGAACGGCGAAAAACCGUUACAGAUCGGGGUGCUGGGCUGUAUGGCGGAACGGUUGAAGAAGCAGCUGGUAGAGAAGGAGCACUCCGUCGAUGUGGUGGCAGGACCGGAUGCGUACAAGGAUUUGCCCCGCCUGCUGGCGAUCGGCCAGCGGGGACAGAAAGCGAUCAAUGUGCUACUUUCGCUCGACGAAACGUACGCCGACGUGGUGCCGGUAAAGCUGGACCGUAAAUCGAAGACCGCGUUCGUUUCCAUCAUGCGUGGAUGCGACAACAUGUGCUCGUACUGUAUCGUUCCCUUUACCCGCGGCAAGGAACGGUCCCGACCGAUCAAAUCGAUCCGCGAGGAAGUGUUGCAGCUGGAAAAUGAAGGCAUUAGGGAAAUAACGUUGCUCGGGCAGAACGUUAACAGCUAUCGUGACACGAGCGACGAAUCGUUGGAGGAUGCCCCCAAGGAGGCAACGCUGUUGGCGCCCGGGUUCCGCACCGUGUACAAAAGCAAGGUCGGGGGAUUACGGUUUGCCGAGCUGCUGACCGAGCUGGCGGAAGCGGUCCCCGAGAUGAGGAUCCGUUUCACGUCACCCCACCCAAAGGACUUCCCGGUGGAUGUGCUGGAAACGAUUGCAAAGUAUCCGAACAUAUGCAACAGCCUGCAUUUACCGGCACAGUCCGGCAAUACGCAGGUGCUGGAGCGCAUGAGACGUGGUUACACGCGGGAAGCAUACCUAAACCUGGUAGAGGAAGUGCGCCGCAUCAUACCGAACGUAACGCUUUCCAGCGACUUUAUCUGCGGCUUCUGCGGUGAAAGCGAGCCCGAGUUUGCCGACACGGUAUCGCUCAUCGAGCAGGUGGGCUACCAUGCUGCGUUCCUGUUUGCGUACAGUAUGCGGGAGAAAACUACGGCCCACCGGCGGUACAGUGACGACGUACCGGAGGAAGUGAAGCAGGAGCGUUUGCGCCGGAUGAUUGCAGCUUUCCGGAGGGAAGCGGAACGACUAAACAGUUUGUUUGUUGAUCGAACGGAGCUUGUGCUGAUCGAGGGUUACAGCAAACGAUCACGAACCGAUCUUGCGGGUCGUAAUGAUGGAAACGUGAAGGUUAUUGUUCCUGCUGGACAGGUUCGGUCCGACCGGGCGGCUGAUCGUGACGAUGUCCGACCGUUGGGCGUUGGGGAUUACGUUGCGGUGCGAAUAACAGGUUCAAAUUCGCAAAUUCUUAAAGGCGAGCCUUUGUACCACACAACGAUAAAGGAAUUUUAUGGAAAUGCUUAGGAAGAGCUCACGAUCGUGUAGGAAGUUACGGAGUUGUUAAUAAAUGAUCCUCUAUUGAA